UUUGACAGCUGCGGGACUGCACGUAAUGGCGGUUAGCAGUUGAUGGGGUCUCUUUUUGACAUUCAAUCAUUUUCUGAGCGUGUUACGCUUAAUUGCGGACGUUCGGUGGGGUGCACGAUCGCCGUGAGCGUGUAGGCGGCGGCACACAGCGCGGAUAUAGCGUCGCCAUGGACGACGCGAGCGGAAUGCCAUCGCUGCAAGCGGUCGUCCAAGCCAUCCACGCGCUCUACAGACAGCCAGACACUACGGGCAAGGAGAAAGCAUCGGUCUGGCUCGGGGAACUGCAGAGAUCCGUAAGUUUUGUCUGUGCCUGGAAGAUUGCAGAUGAACUCCUGCAGCAGAAUGUGGACCUUGAGUCCUGCUACUUCGCUGCCCAGACCAUGCGAACAAAGAUCCAGUACGUGUUCCACGAACUCCCUCCCGAAUCCCACGUCUCUUUACGAGACUCACUCAUGGAGCACUUGGCAAAGGUCACCAAAGAUACUGCACCAGUUAUUGUUACACAGCUGUCCCUCGCCAUGGCAGAUCUUGCCCUGCAGAUGGCGGCAUGGAAGUCUCCUGUUGUUGACUUAAUAACAAGGUUUGGCUGCAGUAUGUCCCACAUUCCCGUUCUCCUUGAAGUACUGACGGUGCUUCCCGAAGAGCUCAACAGUCGGUCACUCCGGCUCGGUGCCAACCGGCGCAACGAGAUCAUUGAGCUUUUCACCGAAGUUUCAGGACGGGUGGUACACCUGCUGGAUGUAUGCUUGCAACCUGCUCAAAACCCAGACGAGCGAGUGCGUGCCCGCGUGUUCCGCUGUCUGGGGAGCUGGUUCUCUGUGGGCGGCCUCCGGCUAGAAGACCCAGUAUUGCACAAGCUUUUGGGGAGCGUCUUUGAGGCCUUGAAAAGCCCCACUUCAUCGUCAAGUGUGCACGAGACGGCGACUGAUUGUGUCUGCAACGCUCUCAUGCUCAUAGGGCAACACUCGUCCCAGUCGACAGCCUUGGCUCAAGUCUUGGUGCAGGGCGUCUACUCCCUUGUCGAGUCCUACCAUUUGUCAGUAGCACACGAGGAUCUUGACAGGUCGGUGAACUACUGUCGCAUCUUCACAGAGCUCGCUGAGUCUCUGCUCGACGACAUGAUUCAACAUCCGGGACAGGGUCUGGGUGAUCCGCGUUGCUUGGACUUGCUGCUGACCUGUGUCGGGCACUACGACUACGAGGUGGCAGAGAUCACAUUCAACCUCUGGUAUCGGCUCUCGGAGGCACUCUACAAAGAGAGCAACGACGCGCUCAACGCCUUCUUCGGCCGGUACAUCCAGAUGCUCCUUGUUGCCCUCUGCCGACAUUGCCAGCUGGACCCAGACAAGGAAGGGGUGCCAUCCGACAAGGACGACUUUGGCGACUUUCGGAAUCGUGUUGCCGAGCUCAUCAAGGAUGUGGUCUAUCUCGUGGGCUCAGCCAACUGCUUCCACCAGAUGUUUGAGAACCUGAAAAACCAGGGCGCUUCGGCCACAUGGGAUGUCACUGAGGCCACCCUAUUCGCCAUGGCUGCCGUGGCAAAGAAUGUUGUGCCGGAGGAGAACGACACAGUCCCCGAGGUGGUGGAGGCCAUCUUGAAGCUGCCUGCUGAGUCGCACGCAGCCGUGCGACACACCAGCAUCCAGCUGCUGGGAGAACUGUGCGAGUGGAUCGACAAGCACCCCCAGUACCUUGAUCCAGUGCUGACCUUCCUGCUGCAGGCUCUGCAGACGCAGAGCCUGGCGAGCGUGGCGGCGGCCUCCCUGCAGAACGUGUGCGCCACCUGCCGGUCCCAGAUGGUGGCGCACUUCCCGGCGCUGCUGCACAUUGUCAGCGCCGUAGACACGCUUAGCGUCUCGACCAGCGCUGCUCUAGGGCUGCUCAAAGGUGCCGUCUUGGUUCUGGCCAAGAUGAGUCCCGAACAGGUCACGGAUGGCAUGCGGCAAUUGUGCAGGCUCCAGACGGAGCGUCUUACACGGGUCAUGAAUGCUGAAGAGACUAAUGCCGAAGGAAGCCGAUCUGAGCCAAUCAUCUAUCUUGACAGGCUGGCAGCCAUCUUCAGGAACACCAAUGUGAACAUCCCGUUGGGCCAGCCGCAUCCCUGCCAGCCCGUGGUGGAGGAGGUCUGGCCGGUGCUGUCCCAAGCGUGCCACCGGUACCAGGCCGACGAGAAGAUCACCGAGCAGUGCUGCCGCUGCAUCCGGUUUGCGGUGCGCUGCAUCGGCCGUCACUCGCACUCCCUGCUCCAGCCGCUCGUUACACAGAUGGUGCAGCUGUACCAGGUGCACCAGCACUCCUGCUUCCUCUACCUGGGAAGCAUUCUCGUGGACGAGUAUGGCUCGGAGGCAGGUUGCGUUCAAGGCCUGAUCGAGAUGCUGCAGGCAUUUUGUGGUCCGGCCUUCAGGCUGCUGGCAAAUGCUGAUGCCCUGCGCAACCACCCUGACACAGUCGAUGACUUGUUCAGGCUAUGCACGAGGUACAUCCAGCGGAUGCCUGUGGUGUUCCUGAAGAACCCCGCCCUGUCGGGUAUCAUCCAGUGUGCUCUUGCUGCCUGUCCACUGGACCACCGGGAAGCCAACACGUCGGUCAUGAAGUUCCUCUGCGACCUCAUUCACUGCGGACGGGCCAAGAAGGAGACACCGGACUUUGCGGAGCGGCAGUCGCUCGUUGGAUCCUUGCUGUCCAGCCAGGGCCAGACGAUUGUGACCACCCUUAUCCAGUCCUCAAUCUUCUGCCUGCCCACUGCACUCUUGCCCGAUGUGGCAGAGGUGCUCUACGAGUUGAUCGAGUUUGAUCGGCAGGCACUGACAACAUGGCUGGAGAAUGCUCUGAAGCUUCUGCCAACACACGGUAGUGGUGGGGCUGUGACGGCCACGCCAGCUCAGCUGCAGGAAUUCCUCUCCACAGUUACUAGUGCCGAGCACAUGAGGAGCAUUUCGACAUCGCUACGGGACUUCUCUAGGCUGUACCGAUGAGCAGCAUGUGCAAAUUGUCUCGCAGGACUAUCCCUACAGUUGUGGUGGAGCUCUUUGAUCAUUCGUUUGGCCAUUUGCCCCCCUCGUGUGUUGACAGCUCGUCCCAACGUCUGUGAACUGCAUUGUCCAGCGUCACCUUGUGGACAUUGUAAAGUUCUGGAGAAGAGUGCUGAUACAAUGCUUCUUGGGAAGUAUUGUUCAUAUUUUUUAAGUAUUUUUUUUUUUUUUCUGUAUUCAUCUGUUUGAAACGGAGCUGUAAAGUUCUGGAGAAGAGUACUGCUGUUCUUCAAUAAUUUUUUUUUUUUUCUGUAUUCAUCUGUUUGAAACGGAGCUGUUGGCUGCAGACACAAGUGUGUGAGCCCAGUCCUGUUCCCAAGUGGCCUGUUCAGAUGUGUGACCUGUUCUCUUGUUGGCCACGACACGACUCACUCUUACUCGCUCUGGCUAACAGAGUUAGUGGUUUCCUUUAACUCCCUCCCAGGCAAGUGUCCCAUUUGUACGACUGACCUUGGCUACAGCUUGCAUCUGGCUUGGAUUUGUUUUGCCUGAGGCAUUGUGGCCCUCUGUUAAAGGCUGUGCUCUUAAACCCAUCACUCGUGCCGCCUUGCAUGCUGAACACUAAGUCAUUGCUUGGUUGUUUUCUUGCUUUCAUUGAAUUGUUGAAAUUUCGGGAAGGAUCAUGUUGCUACAUUGAAUGCUCAAAGCAGUGCUUCUUUUAUACCUGUUGAAGACUGUUCGCAAGUGUGUGUGCAGGUGUGAGACAUUUCCAUGAGGUAGUGUUGUGUACAUAUGUGCCUCAAAUUUUAUUCUGUUGGUCUACAGGCAAAGCUUUACGCUGCAAGUAAUAGGUAUCUUUAGUUUCCUAGCAAGGCACUGGCAUGGCAGGUGUAACGGGGAAAGGUGCGAUGACUAAUUGUUUUGCAUGAAGUUCAAUUAAUGUGGUGGCUUCAAUAGCUAGGGAUUGUGGGGUUCGAUUUUCUUUUAAUGCCGGAGAAAAGCUGCGUUGGGGAGAAUAGUUUUAGGAGAUUAGGUUUCUUUUGAUGCCACAAAGGCAUUGAAACUGUUGGGGCUGUUGUUGAAUCGCCUGGCUGGUCAAUCGGCGGGCGUUUUUUUGGGUCAUGGCGCUGAAUGGUGUGCUAUCGUGCAGAAAAGUUGGCGACAGACCUACUUUUUGUGGCGGCAGGAUUUAAAUGUGUGUCGCAUGCUGUUGACGUACCUUGACGUAGUGCUUGCAAUGAUCAUGCUGGUACUGCUGCUAUCAGGCUUGACCCGAACUACCAAGCGCAUGUCUUGCAUUGCAAAAGAAUUGGCUGCUGUUUCCAAGGCAGCAUUGGUCAAUACUGGGCGUCAUCGCCAUGGCAACAGCUGGCAAAACGUGGGACUGCGUGGGCUGUUUACUUGUACCGCCUAAGGAUGUGCAGUGAUAGGGACCCAGUUGCUAGAGCUAUGCGAGUCGCAUGGCUGUGGUUGCAUGGUCAUGUGUUCCGGUUAGGUCUGAUGGUUGCGGUGCGUACAAAAAUGCAGGAUGUCUGGUGAACCCGACAUGAUUGUUAGAUUUUUUUGUUUUGUUUGUUUACUGGAAGAUUACAAGGCAAAGGGGGUGUUCCAAGCAACGGUAAAGCUGUGAUUGACUAACAAGACCAAAUUUUCUGAAGCAUUUGUGCGUGACCUCUAUGCACUUGUUGGUGUGACACGCUUCAGUGGGUCUUGAUGCAUGGUUAUGUUUUGGUGCUAUGCCCUUGCAUAGUUGAUUAGCUACUGAGCACAGAAUGUAAUGAGUGUGAAACAACGGGUGAAUGCUUUUCCUUGGCAUGCGUUGCUGCGCAAUGGUGGCAGUUAUUGUUCCUGUCUUAAGGCACUAAAGAUAGUUUUUUUUUAUUGUAUUUUUUAGUAUCUGCUUCAUCUGGACGCAUUUCAUAAUGGUGACAGCCAUUUGUAGACGGCUUGAUGCGUAUGCAUGGCUGUGACAUUGGAGGGUGUUGAUUUACAAGCAGUGCCGGAUGCUUCACCGCUUUCAGCUUGAUGGUCACGUCGUUUCAUUUUUUGAAAUGUCUGAACUGGACUGCUUAGGUUGUGACUUUCACCAGUCAUGCCUCCACGAAAUGGGGCCUACCUGCCCGUCAUAUGCCAGACGUCUUCAACUGCGUAGGCUUUGGUUGAGUAAAGUGAACCGUGUGCUUGCAACGCGUAGCACUGAUUCAAGUGCAUCUGUUUCGUCAGGAUGCAAAAUGGGCUACCUGCCUGUCGUGUUCCAGAAGUCUUCAACUGCAGAGCUCCUGGCCAAGGGAAGUGAAAUCAGUGCCUGUAAGACGUAGCACUGAUUUCAGUGUGGGAUGCAGAAUGCAGAAGGGAAGCUAUGUGGACCCUGUAAUGGUGGUUAUGGACGAGUACGUGCUUGCAUGCCGGUUUGGAACUCUUGGAGGAUGAAUCAUCACGGGGCCAAGUUUGAAGCAGUAUAGACAAGUGGUCUGGUGCUGGUUUUAGUAAGUGCUUUGCUUGGUUGGAAAGUUGCUUCUUAGUGCAAGCCCAUGCAAACUGCAUCAUAUCGGUUGUAAGUGGAACUAGUGUCUAGUAGGACGAUUUUACUGCCGAGGCUUCCACAAGGGGGUGUGUUAUGCCUACUAGCAACCUACUGACAUUUAUCUAAAUGUGAUAAACAUGGUGCCCUGUCUAACAGUAUGGUAGGCUUUAUAAAUGUAGAUUGUCCUUGAGAGAAGUGUGCUCAUUUUUCAGGAGAAGGCAAUUUUUGAGACAUGUGCAUUUCACCUGUAACCAUGCUGAACUGUAAAAGAUAGCCAGAUGGUUGCUUCACUACAAUAAGAUCAUUCCGUUAUGGAGGGAAGGUUGUCUCCAUAUCUAGCUAUGUCUGCAGCACACUUAAAGAAAAAAAUAAUGAUGCUCCCAUGACUUGGAAGACUUGGGCAUGCCUCAUUUCUAGCACCGAGGUUUCAGGCGUUACAAUGUGCAUAUUUUCGUAAAGUGCUGCAGUGCAUUAUAUUUUGUAGUACAAUAUAGGUGUUUCUAAGUUUGGGAGCUGUGGCAUUGGGGCCACUUCAGCUAGUAAGAAUUUUUAUAACUCUGUUCUGCUUGCGCAUCUGUUGUGCCCAUUUGCUCUUGCCAUUUCACAUACAGAGGUGUUUUUUUCGUUGCAAAGUUUUCGCCCGUUUAUUCCAGUUUGGCAUGGCUUUGAGGCAGUCAGCUUCCUUUAAUUUGAUUUUGCAGAACACGUGACAGUUGGUUCAUACUACAUAAAUUUUAAGAGCAGCCUUAAUUGUCACAAUCAGUUAGGGAAUUAGCACGAAGCGACAAGCUACGGCAAAAUAGCUUGUCGGUGUUUCAGCUGAAACAAACAAAAACGUACAGGCACUGGUUUCACAGUUUGAACAUAAUUUAAUUAAAAUGCUUAUCGAGCUAACUGAUGUUCAAUUAAAGGAAGGUGACUGCACUAAAUAUGUUUCAGUACUGCAGUUCCCUGGUCAUUGUGCAAGUAUUCUAGGUAAUUUUUGUUUUCUAAUUCUACUGCCAAUUUGCCCCUUUCAAUAAGUAAAUAUGUCACAGUCUGAGACAAAUAGAAUAUUACGGCUUCGUUUUAUGCUUUAGAAAUUGUCGGUUUUCAUAAAAAGAAAAAUGUAAAUAUCA